AUGUCGUCAAUAAAAGAUCAGCAAAUCGUUUCGUCGACAGACUCGUCUCGUAAAAGGCAUCGCGACGAACGGCGACAAGACCCAGAAGUGGCCAAGCUGCGCCGCAACCUCGACGCAAUCAGCUCCAAAGUGCACGACGCUAUCAGCUCGUCACCCGAGAUUGCCAAAAUCCUCGCCGAGACGAAAAGAAGUCCUUUCACUCGUCGUAUCGCCGCGAUACCUCUAAAGGAUCAAACGGCUCUCCGUCUUCAGUUCUACAACAAUGGUGACGAUCCUCGAAACUGGCUAAGAAACUUCGAGAUGGCCAUGAGAAGGCAAAAUAUGCCUCCCGAAGAACAAGACGCAAAUUACUGCCAAGUGUUCAUCGAGCACAUGAACAAAGACGCGACGAGCUGGUUUUCGAACCUUCCCGCCGAGACCAUCGACAACUUUGAUGAUCUCAGCACGGCAUUCAUGAAACACUUUGGCAUGUUUAUGUCAAAAGGCAGCACCAAUCUUUUCACUAUGGCACAGGGAAAAGAUGAGUCUCUUCGCAAGUUCGUCGAGAGAUUCAAAACAGCAGCAGCAGAGCACUCAGACAUCCCUGACGCGAUAGGAAUCAAAGCUUUCGAAAACGGGCUUUGGUUCGAAUCAAAGUUGAAAGAGAGUCUGAUGCUCGACGAACCCGCAACCCUCCAGGACGCUUUGCACAGAUCCCAAAAAUACGUCUGCGUUGAAGAAAGCAAGGCGCACCACUCAAAGAUUCAUGGAAUGACGAAGGAGUCAUCUCGGCACGCAUCAUCUCGUCAAGAUUCAUCUCAUCAAGAGUCAUCUCGUCAAGAGAAUAAAAGGAGGCCUCUAAGGAGUCUUUCACAACAGGCAGCGACGAGUCCAAAUGGUGCAAACUCCAUGGACGAACCGAUCAUACUACAGAAGAAUGUAGGCACCGACGACGCCGAGAAGAACGCGCCUGCAUCACUCCCUCACCAAGAUGAUCUGCCUCCGCCGCCACCGGUUCCUGACGUAGAAGCUCCCGUCACGACCGCCGCGUUAACCGCCGCCAUGCAAGGCUUUACUGCUCAAAUUGCUUCUCAAUUCGCCCAGAUGCAAGCUCAGCAGCAAAAGUACAACGACACGAAACCGUCGCAUCCGUCUCGUCAAUGGCAGAAACAUCAUCUCCAGCAUGUCGUCACCUUCAAACUCAUCAGCAACUUAAGGCAAUGUUAUCUCAUCGAUAACAUUCGCCCCGAUGACAAAAGUUCAGCAAAACGAGUGAGGAAGAAGGGGGCUAAAGCAGCUUUGAUCUUGGAAGCAUCCGGACCAGACCCCAUCUCGGCAUUCGCAUUCUCCUCUCUCGAAGAACUUCCUCCAGCUAACGAGGUUUCCAUCAGCAUCCCGGCGAAAGUUGGCCAAACUUGUUUUGUCCCCUCCAUCUCGGCAAGCUUAUCAUAG